GGGAACUGGGAAGUAGGAAGUUAGAAGACAACGCUGAAACAGAGAAACCCUAAUCGCCAUGGACACCAUCAGCGACUUGCCGGAUUGUAUACUGUUACACAUCCUCUCCUUCCUCCCUACCAAAACCGUCUUCCUCACCACCGUCCUCUCUCGCCGCUGGACCCACCUCUGCCACCACCUCCAACACCUCCACUUCGACCAAAACCAAUUUCGAAACCGCAAUACUUGGUCAGAUUUCAGUGCAAAAAAGCGAUUUCUCGACAUUGUUAAUUGGAUUCUCUCCCGCCACAAAGCGCCGCCAAUUCGAACCUUUCGUCUCACCUGUGACCUAAAUCAAUCCGAUGAAUACACUGUGGAGUGGUUCAUUAGAAAGGUUUUAGGGCCAAACCUCGAGGAAUUGAACCUCCAACUCUCCUCCAACUGUUGCUCCGAUCCCAAAGUCGCUAUUCCCAACGGCGUUUUCAGCUGCACUUCCCUCGUGACUCUCCGUUUAAACGGAUGCCACGUAAGAAUCCCUCCGCCUUCUGCCCCGUCGUGCCGUUAUCACUUGCCAUCGCUCAAGACACUGCAAUUGUAUUAUGUCAAAAUCUCUGAUGGUAACUUGGAGGAGAUUCUCUCUCACUGCACUGCUCUUGAGACUCUUAUUCUUGGCCAUGUCCGUCAAUCCUUCGUGAAGGUCCAAUUGAGUAUUUGUUUUCCUUCUUUGAAGAGUUUGCACUUCAAAUCUUUUUAUGGUGACGCUCUUAGAUUGCUUGUUAUAGACACACCAUCUCUUAAACGUCUUGAUAUCCAAUUUGUGUCGUGGUUUCACGAGAUCCGUGUUCGCAACUUGCACAAUGUGGAUGAAGCCAGUAUCAACAUUGCUCAGCAAUCCAUUGUGCUCGAGUUUCUUGUGGAGCUUUGCAGGAUAAGGAUUUUGGAACUGGGUUUUUUAACGGUUGAUUUUUUGCCUGAGGUUCCUCCGCAUCGUAUUCCAGAGUUUACCUGUUUACAUACGCUAGAGCUUACUGUUAGGUGUUUUGACACCAGAUACAUAAUGAAUAUGCUUCAGAAAUGUCCCAUUCUUAAACUUCUUGCUAUUGUUUUUAUCAUUACUAAUCAUAAAAUGGUAUUUCAUGUUCUCAUGUUCAAGCUAUGAUUUAUGUAAGUUUGUUGUUUUGCUGGCAAUUCUUUUAAGUGUGUUUGUUGUUUGUUGCUAGGAUCCAGAUCAGUCACCAAAAUGGGAACACCCAGUGAAGGUUCCUACUUGUCUUGCAUCACAUCUGCAAGUGAUUGAAAUCAAGAGAUAUUUUGAAUGCAGAGAUGAUAGAGAUUUUUUCGCCUAUGUUCUUCAACAUGGACUUGUUUUGGAGUCACUUGAUAUUCAGGUGGAUAAUACGAGAUCUAAAGGAUUUCCAGAAGAAUUAUCCCUUUUGCCAAGGAGCUCCAAGGCGUGCCAAAUUAACUUUUGCGAUGUGUACGUAUAAUGGUGGAUGAUACGAGUCAGAUACAGUAUCCUACUAAUUAUGGCUGAAUUUUUCAUAUCUGAAACAAGUUGUACUAGUUUGAGUAGAUUCCCCCGACUGAUAAAGGAAACUUAAAUUUUGAUGAUUUUUUCUUUUUAUAUUUCAACACAGAUGUCUCUUCAGAUA